AUGGAACAUUUUCCUGAAGAGCGUUAUUAUAAACUAAAUCGAUUUGUACUGUCGCUUACUGGGUUAUGGCCAUAUCAAAGCAAAUGGAGCGCUCGUUUAGUGAGGGCUAUUAUCAUUACUAUGUUGUUGGCAUCUGCAAUUUUUCAGUUAUUAAGCCUUUUUACGUCUAAUAUCACUGCAAACUUCAUAAUCGAUAUGGUACCAGCAUUUGUACCUGUAAUAGGUAGUCUGAGUCAAAUGUAUGCACGUAUCGGACAUACAGACAAACUUAGGGAUCUAUUUGAACAUAUGUGGAACGAUUGGAGAUUACGAAAGACAACUUAUGAGACCAAGAUCAUGCAAAAGCAUGCUGAGACAUCGAGAUUAUUGACGUUUUAUUAUUUGCUUAUGCAGUACAUAGCCGUGACAGGGUACAACGCAUGGUUAUUUCUACCGGAAAUUCUCGAUAUUGUAUCGCCCAUAAAUGAAUCCCGCCCACGAAUACUACCUUUUAAAGCUGAGUUCUUUGUCGAUGAAGGACGAUACUUUAACAUCAUUCGGUCCCAUAUAUGUAUCGUGAUUUGUAUAAUAUCACUAAUUUUUAUUGCAGUUUCCACUUUGUAUAUAGCUCUUACGCAACAUGUUUGCGGAAUGUGCGAGUUAUUGGGAUUCGUUGGUAUGAUCGAAUUUUAUCACACAAUACCAUUUCUAAUGGAUAUCAUAGGAUUAGUGCUUGCAACGAGUCUUGCGUUAACACAGAUGCUUACCAGUAUCGGCGAUAAUGAGCGAACCGCUAGAUCUAUUAGUGUCGCUAUUCUAACACUGAUACAUCUAUUUAUAUCUAAUUAUAUGGGACAAAGAGUUACGGACACGACUUCGAGCGCAUGCGAGAAGGUGUGA